AGGAGGUUUAUUUUAUUACAAUUCAAAAUCAAACAUCCAAUGUGCACACACGUCCGCACACGUCAUUUUAAAAGUUCCAAUUAUACACAACGAUUUGAAUACAUUGAUUUUGAUUCUUCGUCGUCUUUAUUGCACAUUUUCUAAUGAUUACACCGAUUUGAAUUUGAAAUUUGAACCAAAAAAAAAGUCCCAUCUAAUUAUUUUCGUUACGUUCUUCUGAUAUAUUUUCUUCUUCACAUUUGAUCGAUUUUCACGAAUUAUCAUAGAGUGUAAUGUAAAUACGCUCUGCAACGAACCAAUCGGCGAACCAUCACAUAAAUAGACUCGAUAAAUAUUUCCAAAAUAAACCAAAUAUAAUAAAACGAACCGUAUGCAAAAUAAUUAUUAUUCCGUUAACAAUUCAACAUCAACAAACAGGAAUGGCCGGAACAUUUUGAACUUGAGCGGUUAAUUACAAAUCAAACGAAACGGAAAAUAAAACGUGCAUAGCAAAUCAGAUCAUCAUCAUCGUCACCGAACAAACGAAAAGUGUUUAUAUGCAAACUCUUUAGGUGAGUUCGAUGCCGUACUGGAGAACGAAUACGAAGACGAAAAAAAAAUAACAAUUUUUGCUUGUUUACGGUUAAAUGGUGUUGAAAAGUUAAAUUUAUGAUAUCGCGACCAACGCUCGUUCUAUACUAAGACUUACUGUAUUAUUUUGUGUGUGUCUCGUAUGAUAAGUCAUUGUCAAACCGUUUGGUAAAAACGUAGACGAAAAACCGAAAAAUGAAACAAAAAAUUUAUAUUAUUUAUCGAUAAACGAAACAGAAACGGUACAUGUGACAGCAAUGAAUUAGCAUUAUGCAGUUCCAUAGUUUGCAAACGAUACACAUUGCGUCUUGAUGAGGCUGUAAAUGAUAUGAUGUGUGAAAAGUUGUCAAAUGCGUCCAAACUCGCAACAGCAAAAAUUAUACAUUAACACAAAUAGAGAAGUCGAACAAAUUUUGGUGCAGUCAAAUGCAAAAACGCAAAGUAUCGGAAAAAAAAAAAAACCAAUAAGUGUCAACUAACUAAACGUCAACCACCAACACCACAACCACCAUCACCAUACACUUUCAUUAGGAAAAAAUGAAUUAGAUAAAGAAGCAGAGAAUUAAAAAAAAGAGAAAAAACAUUGAAAUGACGAGCAGAGUGAAGAGAAUUUGUGCGUACAAGUUUCGUUUGGUUUUGUGUUUUUGCCAGCAAUGAAAGCAAAAUUUGUGAAUUUAAUAAUUUGAUGAGUCUAAAGUGUGUUUGAAGACAUAAUACAAAAAUAAAGACGAACUGAACAAUAUAAAAGUGAAUAAUUGUGCUUAUAUAUCAUACGUUAUAACGUUGUUUUCUUUAUAAUAAUAAUAAAAGAAACAACAUUUGGUAUCCAAGGUUGAAGGAUCCUUUUUAAAACAUUCGGUGUUUUUUAUUAGCGAUUUUCCACAAUAUCCAUAUUAAUAAUUCGCAUUCAUUACUUAAUGUCAUGCAGGCGAAUUUUGGAUGAAUUAUCCGGCAAUGAAAUUCCAAUUUAACAUUCAUUGUUCAAACAAUUGGGUUUUACCCUCCAACAAAAUAUCUUUUACAAAAACCUUGACAACAGUUAUACUUGAACAAUUGGCCUCUUCUAUUACAUAUUAGAACUUAAACGGGAAAAAGACACCAAAAAGAAAGUGCAAAAAAUGACAACAAAACCGUUACACUAAAAACAAUAGGUUAAAGCGAAAAUAUUAAACUGAAAAUCGAGAAAAGAAGAAGAAUAAAAUUGAAGAAAAAAAACAAGAAAAACGGUCAAUGUGUAAAAUUUUAGUGAAAAGUCAGUUGAUUCCGUUAAUGUUAGCUUAAAAAAUUCGAAGAAAAGAAAAAUUACACGAAUGAAAGAAAAUCAAAUGAGUUGUGCAAUCAGUCAAGUUACGGCGAAAUUCUAUCACCUUCAAAACCAAUUGUACUCACAUCAGUACCAAUAUGAAUAAUAUAAAAUAAAGUAAAUAAUUUAGCAGACGGAUAAUUUCGCGAGUAAAAUAUACUAAAUUGGUUGAAAUCAAGUUACAGUCGUUUUGCCUUUACCAUACAGUUAAUUAAAAGAAGCAGCCACUUCAAAAUAAAAGUGAUAUACACGGUGUCAAGCAAACAACAAAAAAGUGCGAGUACGAGCGCGAAGAGUGUAUAUUUCCAAGCCUGUAAUGGUGCUCACAGAUGAUUUUGACAGAGAGCCCGACCGGCUAAUGCCGCGAAUCGUGUAGCUCUGCCAUGUGCCAAAUUCUCAUACGUCUUAGUUCAUCCUGGGGAUGUGUCCAGGCUCUUAUUUUGACCUUGACCAUCCUAAUUUUUCCAAUAACAGUUAAUGCUUUUCUUCCAACCACCUUUGAUUUAUUGGAGGCACUUGAACUACCAAAGAAUCAUUCUCGAUAUUUAGGAGUGAGUGAAGCAAAAGGCAUGGAAAAGCCAGCUGUUAAGCUUGGUAAUCAAGAUAUGCGAAAUCUUUCAAUGCCAACGCCAGCACUGAAUCGAGCUAUUAAUCUGAUAAAAAGUUCACCAGACUUUACAUUUUCAACGACGGUACGACAAGAGAAGCAAAGCGUCGGGACCCUCAUAUCAUUUUCCAGCGGCAAUAAUAGGUAUUUAGAAUUGGAAUCAAGUGGCCGAAGGAAUGAAAUACGUUUUAUCUAUACGGUGAUGGGCGCUGAGAACACGGGAUAUCAAAAAACGGAGUCAUUUUCGUAUACAUUAGCGGAUUACAAAUGGCACAAGGUUUCACUAACAGUUAGUGGAUCCGAGAUACAGUUAUUAGUUGACUGCCAUUUAAUUUAUAGACGAAUGGCAGACCACAUACCAGAUAGGAAUUUUAGUGCUUCCGAAAUGCAUUUAUUUGUAGGACAACGAGAUGCUGAUAAAGAUUAUCAGCUAAAAGGGUAUAUUCAAGAUGCAUACAUUGUGUCAGGGCCGAAUGGUUAUCUUAAACAAUGUCCAAACAUGGCAACUCAGUGUCCAACGUGCGGACAAUUUAGUCUUCUUGAGAAAACAAUAGAUGAUUUAAUAAAAAAUUUAGAUGAAUUAAAACAAAGGCUAGUGGCACAAGAAGAUCGUAUUGUAAGUCUUGAAAAAUGUGACUGUAAAAAAUCGUGUGUGACAUUAGAUGGUAAAAAGAAAGAGGAUAAUGAAAGGUGGGAUGAUGGUUGUAAUACGUGUAUAUGUGAAAAAGGUGAAAUCAAAUGUAACCCAAAAAGUUGCAUUAAACCAAAAUGUAAAAAUCCAGAAUUUCCCCCAGAUGAUAAGUGUUGCCCAAGAUGUUUAAAAAACUGUUUGGAGAAUCACAGGAUUAUCGAACACGGAGAAUUUUCAAUAACUGGUUGCGUAAACUGCACGUGCACAGAUGGUAUUUUAGGAUGUGCGCAGAUUAUAUGUCCAAUAUUAUCGUGUCCGCCAGAAACUCAAGUACAGGAAACCAAUCAAUGCUGCAAAUUUUGUCCAGGUGAUGACUAUUGUGGAAAAGGUCAUGCCUGUCAUAUAAACGCCACGUGUCUUAACCUUAAUACAAAAUAUUCGUGUACCUGUCGUCCCGGAUUCCAAGGGAAUGGCUUCGAUUGUAUAGAUAUUGAUGAAUGCGCACAACAAGGCGGACAGUUUGGUAAUCAUUGUCAUUUGAAUACAGUUUGUGAAAAUACAAUCGGAUCAUAUGUAUGCAAUUGCCUUCCUGGCUUUCGACGCGUUGAUAAAUUCAAUUGUGCCGAGAUCAAUGAAUGUGCCAGCAAUCAACAUUCAUGCCACGAGAAUGCUGUAUGCUUGAAUACAGUGGGAUCAUAUAAUUGCCGGUGUAAGGAGGGCUACCAAGGCGAUGGUCUGCAAUGUAGACCUGUGUGUAAGCAAAAGUGUUUGAAUGGCGGCGUAUGUACCGCACCAAAUACAUGUACAUGUCGUAUGGGUUAUAUUGGUCCUUCUUGCGAACGGGAUUUAGAUGAAUGUGCAACCGGAUUGCACACGUGCAAAUCGUCAGCUUAUUGCGUUAACAUGCCCGGAUGGUACUAUUGCAAAUGCAAACCCGGAUAUGAAACGCAUAACUACGAAUGUCACGAUAUCAAUGAAUGUUAUCAUGGCACACAUAGUUGUCAUCCGACCGCAUUGUGUGUCAACUAUGAUGGACAUUUUGAAUGCAUUUGCCCAGAUAACUCAACUGGUGUUAGCAAAACAGAUGUGGAACCAUGUCGACUGAGUUGUAUGUUUGAAGAUAUGGAAAUUCCGGAUGGUGAACGUGUAUCACCCCGUAAUCAACCGUGUAAAAUUUGCACAUGUAAUAAGGGUGUGAUCUCUUGCGAGGAGCCUGUUUGCAAUUGUUCUACUUGGAAGAAGGGAAACGGAAGAGACCUAUGUUGUCCACAGUGUGAUCCAAGAGAGUCUUGCCUGCAUCAGGAAUUAAAGCAUAUUGUUUUUAGAAGUGGCGAACAAUGGAUUUACCAAUGUCAAACCUGCGAAUGUUUGUAUGGUGAAUUCGAUUGCUGGAAGUUGGAGUGUCCUCCACUAACGUGUGAUAAACCCUUACCACUUGCGCCUGGUGAUUGUUGUCCACGAUGCGAGGACGAUCCUUGUAACAUAUUAGUUGGUAGUAAUAGUACCGGUAUUUAUGCGGCUGGAAAGCCGUGCACAUAUAAAGGUCACGAAUAUGAGUCCGGACAACAAUUUAGUGAUUUGUCUAGUCAUUGUACGACAUGUGCCUGUAAGGUUCCCUACUGCGCCCAACUGGUGAGCAAUUCCGCGUGUUGUGUGCAUCGAAAAAAAUACGCGAAUAAAGACGGUCAGCUGUGCUGCAGUUUCGAUAAUAGUUGUAAUGAUGCUUUACCAAACACAAGAUACGCUAAAACAAAUCAUUUUGUUCAUAAUGGUAAAACUUUGCGAACAGACACAUUUUCUACAAGAAAUAUGGCGACAACGGGCGUAUACCAUUACAAUUCAUUUGUUCCAUCGACCAACAUAUUGUCACCGGCAUCGAUACACCGGCGUAAUCGAGGACGAAGUAAAGCAUUUCUUAAUCAGCGAACCAUGUUCAUCGAAAAAUUGAUUGACACAACGGUGACAACGUAUUCAAACGAUGAACGAUCUUCUUAUUCCGAUGAGAGUGAUAGAGAUCUUCAAUCAUUGCCACAUACCACAUCGAUAGCACCAGCGGCCUAAACGAAAAACAACAAACAAAAAAAAAACAAAACAAAAAAAAAUAAUAUUUCACAUUACUAACGCAACGAAUUAACGCGUACUCCUUUUUUAUGUAUUGCUCAAUCAACUCAAUUUUGCAACAUUUAAGUAUUUAUAUCGAUUUCGGCCUCUGUGAGAACACGAACACGAUCUCGAAUGACAUGAUUCAAUUUUAUUAUUUUUCGUUUUCGUAAAAGAUGUUUGGAUUUUUAUGACUUGUAUGGAAGGCCACUUCUAUUAGAAAAUUAUAUAAUGUGGUAACAAAAAUCCAAAAUUUUAUGACAAAUUGACAGGCUAUGAUGUUCGUAGCUUCAAUCAUUCGCACGAAAAUUUAAACAAAACACAUACACACACACAACAAUACAAUAGACUUAAUGAAAUUGAUCCAAGAAUUGAUCACACAUCCAUUAUAGAAUUGACUUUAAAAGUAUUUGCUAAAUAAUGCGACCGGGCAUUGUGACGAAAGGAAUCUUUGGUAUUGCAACUUAUUUAACGCACAUGUGUCCAAUUUAAUUUUUUGUUUUCACUCAAACAAACAAACAAACAACAACAACAACAACAAACUCUAAAUCUAGGCAAAUAACUAAAUAAUAAUUGCGUAUUCGCAAGCGUAGAAAAUAUCAAGAAUCACGCGAAUGUUAUUGCAAAUGCGCAAACCAUGGCGAUUAACCCUAGAAUGACAAAAAACAUAAUACAAUUUUGUUAUUGAUAAAUAUUAUACACAUCGUAGACACUUCACAAUUUUUAUUGAGUGCAAUUUUUAACAAACAAAAAAAAAACAACAACAACAACAAUUUAUUUAAGUUUUAUCCGAUUCAAGUAAAUACAGGCGAAAUGAUUUAUUUACUUUGAAGAGUCAACCGCGCAUGGAACUAAUUUUUUAAGUGUUUUUCAAUAAUACUUGGUCUGAUAACUGAUAGUAAUUAUACCGAAUUAAUUAAAAUGAUGUACAGAUAGAGGCUCUACUAACUUAAAUACAUGAAAUGAGAAAAAAACAUAGACUUCUUUUUUUCGGUUGCUCAUUGUCAAUUACAAAGAGAGAAAAAACAACAAACAAACAAAUAUUUGUGUCAAAUCAUUACGGCCAGCAGCAACCAAAUGAACUGAUUGAUUUUAGAAUAGGCAAGACAUUAUGGGAAUUUUAUCAAUUAUUGAAAUAAUAUUUGAUUUUACUAGCAUUACAGAGAAAUAUCCAAAAAGCAAUUAAACAAAAGAAAUGGAGAAAAAGAACCGGCAUGAGGAGCUCAUAGCCUCGUAUACGACUACACACAGUCGACAAUUUUAAUGCAUUUAAAUCAAAUUAUAAUAAAACAAAAUAUUGAAACAAACCAAAUGGACAUUUCUGCUCUUUAACUCUUUUGAAGCUCAAAACCAAGAAACAAAUCUCUUCCUUCAAUUUAGAUACAAUGUUUUAUUUUUUCGUUGUCAUAUUGCGAAUAUGCGAUAAAUCACGAACAUAGAUAUAUCAAAAACCGUGUUUUAAUCAACAAUGGGACAUUCCAUAAAGCAAACAAAACAAAACAAAACAAGAAAAACCAGAACAAUUGUUAGAAUGUUGUAUAACAGUCCACUCUACUUCAUCAUAAAUAAUUUUUUUGUUCUUCUGCACACUUGUUAGCUUCCCUAAAAUUAUAAAACUACAUAUAUCGUGAACUAUCCAUAUUGAUGGAGUAUGGUUUAAAUUCCGGGAAACAUUAACAACUUAAUUAAUCUGAUGAAAAAAAAAAAUACAAAAAUAAACCACGAGAAAUUGACACUGUUUAUAGAUGCAAAAUGAAUGAAAUGCGGCAUAAAAAUUAUGGAUAUUAUAUGCAAACACUAUAAUACACUCUUAUACAAUUUAAUACAUUUCUGGGAUUUAGAAAAUAUACCGAAAUACGGGCAAUUCACUAUAUAUGAAUCCAAUUUUUUUUUUAUUUAUUUAGCAAAACGUUAAGGUUGAAGUAAUAAUUAUGUAAGACGCAAAUUAUCGUUUUGUUUUAGCUCGCCAAUAGAAUUUUUUCAAUUAUGAAUCCAUACAUCCCCGAUUGUAGCAGCUUAUUUAAUUGAUUAAGAAUCAAGCCUAACUCCUAGGAGAAGUCAAAAAUGAAACAAAUGUUCAUGGUGGUAUGACAAUAAAAUGUUAAAUUUUCUUAAAUUCCAUCGGUGCAAUGAAAA